GUGCAAAGGAUUUGAUGAGAUGAAACACUUACCCUUUUGGAAAGAUUCCAAUUGCAUCAAAUAAACAGUUUACCGGGAUCACUAACCGGCGCGCUGUUUGACAGCGGUGCCUUUGUGCAUCCUGUGUUCUUUGUUUCGAGGGUAUUUUUGGAAUAAAAUAUUCACAACGCCGACUGUAUGUGAUCGAGUUUGAUCUCGCUAAAAUGGAGAUAACGCAAGCGGAAUGUGAAAUAAAACAGGAGAUGGACGACAGCGGCUGCAUCCAGGAUGAUAUGUCGCCCUAUAAAAACGGUUACCAACGGGUGAAUUUGUUGGACCUAUCUGAUGAUGUACUGCUCUAUAUCCUUAAGUUAUGCGCACCGAGGGAUUUGAAGGCUCUUGGAUUCACAUGCGAGCGUCUAGGCAGCCUGGUUCUAGAACGCUCUCUAUGGAGGCACGUGGACGCGAGAUCCGAGAAGUUCAGCGCCGAUCGGCUGCAGUGGUACUUGACGCACACGCUGCACGAUGAGACGCAAGUGCUCAUGAUUACCGGUCACGCGCAGGCGUGCGUUGGAUGCAUGGGACUAGUCAAUACUACGCGCAACGUGGCCGAUGAAGAUUAUAAGACGAUUGAACCGGAUCUAGACCCACCGAACAGUGCCGCAGGAACCAGUGGUACGAAGAUAGCAGAGGACCAUAUAUCGGUUAUGCGCGAGCUGCCGGGUCCGGUGAGGAGGUUCCAUGCGAGGCAUGUGAUCAACCCUCGCGUCGUCUGUUUGUCACGGAUACAAGGGUGCCCCGCGUGGGGCGACGACCGGGACAUGGGGCGCGCCGGGCCGCAGGCGUGUAUAGGGCCGCAGUUCACGCUGACGCCGGACAUCUUGAGGCAGCUGGGGGCAGUCUGCCCCAAUCUCACCACGCUGUUCCUGGAGCACUGCAACGUGAACUGCAAUUUUAUAAGUCUGAGCCAGUUUCCUCGGUCAAUAAAAAAACUGUCACUCCGUGGCACUAGGUUCUACAAUCUGCUGAUCGAUAGGUCCUUCUUGAGCAAUAUCAAUGAGCAUCUACCGAUUUUGGAGUAUUUGGAUGUCUCCGAGUGCGAAUGGAUGGAGCCGUCGUCCCUCCUGCCUCUGUCGAAGCACACGACACUAACUCACCUCAUAGUCCGCGAGUGCUAUCGGCUCACCGAGUUCGUCGCUUACGCGUCGCUCACCACCCGAUACGGGUUCAGGAAUCUGAAGGUAAUCGACAUGCGCGGGUCGCCGGUGGGCGACUCGGAGGUGUCGGCGCUGGGCUGGCUGCCGGCGCUGCGCGAGCUGCGGCUGGCGGCGGCGCGGCGGCCGCGCGCCGAGCGCCACGCGCACUACGCGGACGACGCGUGCGUGCCCCACGAGCCGCUCGACCGCUGGGAGAUGCGGGAGCCGGAAUACUUUCAAAUCAAACCGAACCCCGAACCGGAGGAAAUGGAUGACGCGGUGCCGAGCACCUCGCAAGCAUCCCAAGCAUCCACUGAUCCUGUGGAACCAUCCACGUCGCAGGAUGAUGAGGAGGCGAACCACUUGGCGCGCAGGAACACGUUUAUAAACAUGGCGCGGUGUAGACUACUCGAUUUGCUCUCAGAUGCCAACGGUGACGAUACAGAUGACUCUUGUCCACCCAAAAAGCGGAAAUGUAACAAGGAGACCCAAGGCAUGGACGCCGAUGAAGAUAAAGAAGAAAACGAGACGAACGAUGAUGCGUCCGGUCAUCUACAAAUACCCAGUAACCCCGAACCGGAGGAAAUGGUUGACGCGGUGCCGAGCACCUCGCAAGCAUCCCAAGCAUCCACUGAUCCAGUGGAACCAUCCACGUCGCAGGAUGACGAGGAGGCGAACCGCUUGGCGCGCAGGAACUCGUUCAUAAACAUGGCGCGCAGGAACGCGUUCAUAAACAUGGCCCGGCGUAGACUACACGCUCUGCUCUCAGAUGACAACGGUGACGAUACAGAUGACUCUUGUCCACCCAAAAAGCGGCAAUGUAACAAGGAGAACGAUGAUGCUUCCGGUCAUCUACAAAUACCCAGUAACGUGAUUGUCGUGUCGGGUAUAAGGAACGCCAGCGGGUGUAGGCUACGCCAAGAGCCGCUUUACUGCAUAUGCCCCGAACACAAGGACGUGGAGAAAACGGACAAGUCGACGGAAACAGAUAACAUGGAACUGUAUAGGCAUUGCACGUGUGAUCACGGCUCAAAAUCUGCUCCGAAAGCUGGUGAAAGCUCUGAGGGGAAGGAUGAAGAAGAUAGUCCAGAUGGAAGUAGUGAUAAAGCAAAGGAUGGCAAUGAAAAUGGUGAUAAAUGUGAUGAAAACGCUAACGACGAUGCGAAUAAAGACGGUUCCAAAGAUGCAAACUCACAAAGCGGUGAGAAAUACGUGCAUUUCCGUAGAAAUCAAGCGCCCGUUUUCAUCAAUUGUCCGCCGGAAGCGAGGGCUGAAUUUAACCUGCCCGGACCUUCCCGCUCGGAUAGACCAGAGCAUCCACGCAGUUCAGACAGUAAAGGCACUUACAAGGAAUUUAUAAGCGCCCUAGAUGGUUAUUGGAAAGCGAGGGUCACACCAAAUAUACUCAGUGCCGAAAACGAUAAUUCCAACAACAAUGAUAACACUGAAAAUAAUGAUGACGAUGCGAAAAUUAAUGAUAGCGAACGGAGUAAUGAUGGAACGGGUGCCAGUACGUCGAAAGCGGUUGACAAUGACAAUUCGGAUGCAAGCAACCCGAAACCGUCUACUAGCAAAGAUGUACCUAAACAAAAAGCAAACGAAACAAAGACUGACUCUGUGGGUGUUAAAAUCGAGGAAAAAGUACCCGAAAAUAAAGAUUCAGAAAACGUUCAGAAAGACCCGGGAGUAAGAUUGAAUGACAGCGCACAGCAAGAGGCAAACGGUGUAUCGCCCCAGGCAAACAGGAACCCUAGAAGGGACGUGCAAUACAUAGUGGAGCCCAGGCACCACGUGCUGUACGUCAGCGUGGGCUCCCAACUCAACACCUACAGGUUUCCGAGAGAUACGUUCGAAAACAAUCGAAAUUACUUCGAAUCCCACGUGGAUUCCAGCGCUUUAGUCACAGACUUUGCCAUACGGCGUUUCGGCAGAGCGGAUGGGGAGGACGUUGUGGUCAAUUUUGGGCCAAAUGGGCCGGUCAUGAUGGGCAACGUGGCGAAUUCGCGGCCGGACCGGUCGAAUUUGCGCGUCCUAUCCGUCACCGGAUACAGAAAUAUAACGGAUAGGUCGCUAUUGCAUCUAAUUAGUGCUGCGCCCAAUUUGCGGUAUAUCGACUUUAGUGAUACGAACGUUACGGAGCAGGGCGUGGAAAGGUUUAAGGCCACGAGGCCGGAAUGCGAGGUUAUUUUUAGCAAGUUCGUUGAGAAGAAGAACGGUUGAGAUCUUGAAUAAAGAUGGAAUGGUUCAGUGAUAUAGAGGUGUUACAGUUUCAGUGUGAUAAGACUGUUUUGCGGUGUUUGCGGGUAGUUUUAUAAUUCAGUUUUUUUCUUUGUAAGAAAUGUAAUUUCAAACACAUUUCAACGAACAAAAUCAAAAUUUCCAAUCACAAACACAUAAAAUGAUAGUGUUAGUUGUGGAUUCCAUUCAGUAUUCAUAUUUUUUAAAUUGUGAUAUUUAGUCAGUCAGUCAUUAAUAUAGUAGAUGAGUUUUAUUCAGCAGUAUAAUAGAUCUCGCAAGACUGACUUUUAAUUUUUUUAACCAAUUUCAAAGAAAGGAGGUGGGUUUCGAUUCGAAUGUAUUUUAUGUGAUUGUUAACUUAUAACUUCUUAUCCGUGUGGAUCCAUCCAAUUUGAUUCAGCUCUGAUAAUUUGAUGGUGUUUUAGGUUUUUGUUGGAUGUAAUUAUUUGAAAUCGUUAGAAAGAGACAAAGACAUUACUUUGUCUCUUUCUAACGAUAACAUUCAAACAGUCACACUUAGAAGUAAUUAUAUUUAGAGAUAGAAUGUUGGGCGUUGGAAAAUGAACACCCUAUAUUGUGAUUGAUAAAAAUAUGUGAUUCAUGGAACAUCCUGUGAAGUUCUUUGUGGGGUUGUUCAUAAGACUUUUAAUAAAUCGUAGAUUUUCGUUUAUUAUUAAUUACCGAUUGGAAUUUCUCUUAUUUAUUUAAAUAUCGAUUAAUGAUUCAUACAAAUCUCGAAGUUGUCUUUUUUAUGAUAAAAAAGAAUAAUUAAUUUACUUUUUUAUUAUUAUUGUAGUAAUUGAAUAAAAACUAGAAGUUAUUAUAAUAAUUUAUUCUUCUAUAUACUAUAAUUAUGGUAAUUACUAUAAUUAUAUAUACUAUAAUUAAGAUUAAUUAUCUAUUCGUAUAUUAAAAUAUGAAACUGUGUGUUUUGUUCGCACAAAAUCAUCAUGCCAGAAUUUUUUCUUUCUUAUUGUGAAGGCUUUUUUUUAUAAUUUUGGGCUAUCACCAUGUACAUACAUAUAAACAAAAAAUGGGUGGUUUUUAGAAAUAAAGUCACUUAUACCUUUAAUUUCAUUUUAAGUAUAUUUUUGUAUGCAAUUAAAAUGCUGUAGCUGUGUACUACAGAAUAUUUAGAAUAUUUUGUAUGACAUGAUUAAUUUUGGAUCUAGU